AUGGCGGAACGCAAGGUUCUAAACAAAUAUAUCCCACCUGACUUCGAUCCAGCGGCGCUCCACGCGAACCGUGAUAUGCUCCGCAACGAUGGAUACGGCCGUGGCAAGACAACCUUCGCGCGACGCAUCAAAGGAGGUAUGAGCGCGCAUAUGCUCGACAUACGUAUGAUGUUCCCAUUCACAUUCCGUUGUGAAAGUUGCAGAAAUUUCACAUACAUCGGAACGAAAAUGAAUUCCAAGGUCAUGCGACUCAAGGACGAUACGUAUUUGGGAAUCGAAAAGCAUCGAUUCUUCGCCAAAUGCCCCCACUGCAGUCAUCAAAUCAUUUUCAAAACUGAUCCGCAACACAGCGAUUAUCUGCUUGAGUCUGGUGGCACACGUACGUAUGACGCAAAUAGAGAUGCGGAGUUGGCAGCAGAGGCUGUGUCCAAGGAAGAGGACGAAAUCGCCGAGAAGCGAGAUAAGACCGAAAAAAUGAUGGAAAAGGCUGACCACGCAUAUGCUGAAUAUGAGGAACUGGAACGGUUAACCGCACUAAAGCGAAGAUCGGGCAGGAUGCGCGACCGAGAAAACGCAGCAGAACUUAGUUUACAACGCAUACAAAAGGAAAAGGAAAUUCAAUUCGUACCCUCUCUAGAUGAUGAGGAUGUGGCCCUUUUUCGCAAACAACAGGAAGAAAUAUUUCUCAACUGUUCCGAGGAAAACGGUAGUGAUAUGUUCGCCUCGUCAACAACAUAUGAUAAUACCACAUCGCAAUCGGAAUACGUCGAAGAAAUUGUUGAUGACGUGGAUGAAACUGCUUUUGAAGGUGGAAAGCAGGAAUUGUCUAGUGAAAAUAAACUGGAUAGAAGGCUGUGUAAUUCAGCUGCUGUUGUUCAACAAGUUUUUCCGAUCGUUAGCGUAAAAAAGCGUUGCAAUACCAUUGUAAACCCAUUUGAAGCCUAUGACAGUGAUUAG